AUGACGACUACACAUGACUUCUGCAUCCGGGUCUCAGAGAGUUUGAAGGCUUGGUGUACGGAACGGGACCUUAGAUAUGCAGAGAGCGGGCCCAGGUCCUGCCAGAGUCAAGGUGAGGACAUUGAGGGAACAGUAAAGGGACCCUGGACCCCACAACAGAGGAGGCCCCACCGAAGCCCGCCCCUGCUGUCAGCUCUGGGAGUCCUCAUGGCGGGAUUACCAAAUGCGGCAUUUCCUGACUUCCACAUCCGGCCCGUGGAUCUCAUCGCCCACCUCCUGUUCAUAUUCCUGCCAACAAGAGUCAUCAUGCUUCCUACUCCAAAGUAUUGGUGCUACAUGCGUGAAGAAGGCCUUCAGUCCCAAAGUGAGGCACAGGGCCACUUGGGUGGACAGAUUCCUGAGACUAAGGCGGAGGAAUCCUCUACUUCUUCUUCUUCCUCCUGCUCCUGCUCUUCCUCCUCCUAUGCUUCUUCCUCCUCUUCUUCCUCCUCCUCUUUUUCUCCCCUUUCCUCCUCCCACUGUCAGAUAACAGGAAUCAUGAAGGUACAUGCUGAUCCUGCUAAGGCACCACAUCCCCUCCAGCUUCCUCAGAGCGGCUACUUUUCUCCCACUGUUAUGGCAGUGACUCCUUCAAUAAGAUCAUGUAAGGGCUUCAGCACCCAGGAAGAGGAGGGGCCAAGCAUUUCCCAAGCUCUGCUAGACACUGGACCCUUGCUUAGAGAUGCUAUAGAAGAUAAGGUUGCUGGUCUGGUGGGGUUCUUGCUCCUCAAGUACAGAACAAAGGAACCAAUCACAAAAGCAGAAAUGUUGAGUAGUGUCAUCAAAGAAUACCAAGAUCACUUCUUUGUGAUCUUUAACGAAGCAUCAGAGUGCAUGCAGUUGGUCUUUGGCAUUGAUGUGAAGGAAGUGGAUCCUACCAGCCACUCUUAUGUCCUGGUCACCACCUUGGGCCUCACCUGCAAUGGGAUGUUGAAUGAUGAGCAGAGUGUUCCCAAGACCGGCCUCUUGAUAAAUAUUCUGGGUGUGAUCUUCAUGAAUGGCAACUGUGCCCCUGAGGGGGUCAUCUGGGAAGUACUGAGUGUUAUGGGGGUUUAUGAUGGAAGGGAGCACUUCAUCUACGGGGAGCCCAGGAAGCUCAUCACCAAAGAUUGGGUGCAAGAACAAUACCUGGAGUACCGACAGGUGCCCAACAGCAAUCCUGCAUGCUAUGAGUUCUUGUGGGGUCCCAGAGCCCAUGCUGAAACCAGCAAGAUGAAAGUCUUGGAGCUUUUGGCCGAGGUCAAUGAUACCAUCCCCAUGGCCUUCCCUAACUGCUAUGAGGAGGCUUUGAAAGAUGAGAAAGAGAGAUCCCAAGCCAGAGCUGUUGUCAGUGAGAGUGGGGCAGCCAGGACCAGGGUCUGGGCCUAUUCUAGAGCCACAUCCAGCAGCUUCUCUUGCUCUAAGUGA